AUGAGCACUGGCAAGCAAAAGGUUCUCGAGAAAAUUACCGAGACCAUUAAUGCCGAAAGCCAGCGUGAAAUCGAUGCCGAGGAUCCGAACGGUCCUAAAGAGACCGAUAAUGAGGUUGUUCAGGAAGUUGGAACGAUAGCGCAAUGCAUAAUUGCAGCAUCUCCCAAUAGUCUUGGGCCCCCGAUCGAAGCGAGCGCCAUGUAUCUACGAAUGGAGAAAUGCGGCGAAUACGGUCGGAACAAGUUGGCAAUCUGGGAAACACCUCUAUUUCCUCGACUUGAUGGCCAGCAGGGUCGUAGAGGCUUCCUCGACAAUCAAAUUACGGCAAUCGUCUGGAUAUUAUCGAGAUUCUUAGGAGACCUUCCACGACUUAAGAUAAAGCGUAAAGAGUUUUGGGAUGAGACCGAGAAAAGAUACAUCCAAGAACCUGAAACACGGAUCGAGAAGGAGAAUAGAGAGAAGCUGCGCGGCCCUAAGUAUUUCGGUGGGAUCCUCGCGGACUCGAUGGGUCUUGGAAAGACUUUGACUACUAUCGCUGCCCUAGACAUUCUAGCAGCUCAGAGACUAAAUGUGCCGGUCGAAGACGGUAAACCGCGAUACCGUCCAAUUCUAAUACUAACACCAAAUACCACUGUUGCCACGCAGUGGAUGGAAGAGAUUGACAUGAUCAGUAGCAAACGUGGCAUCAAGCAAAUAAUCAUAUCUGGACAUGGCUUCCAAAAAAGAGACGACCAGGUCAGAGUCCGCAGUCUCACUCUUCAAAAAGACGAAGAAGGCAACGAGAAAUGGACUUCUACCUAUACAGACAUGUGCCGACGGUUUUCCGUUGUAGUUGUCGACGAAGCCUACAAGGUUCGGAACACGGCGACAAGGAACUGGAAGUCUGUGGCUCUCCUUGAACGCCAAUUUACCCUUUUAUUGACAGCUACCCCGUGCCAGAACCAUAUAGCAGACCUCAUGGGCCCUAUUCAGAUGCUUUGGGGUAAACCACAAGAGCACCUACGCGAGAAAAAGAUGUUAAGUGAUAUCCAAGCAAUAUUUACAAACCCCCAUGAUUUACGACGUCUUGACAAUAUAUCACUUAGAGAUGACCGCUACCUUAUUGCGGGAAGCCCGGCUUUACUAGCAAAGCUGAUCUACAGAUCAAGGGGAUCCUCUGAUAUCGAUAUACAGCAGACUCGAAAGUUUUUGAAGUACUACGAAUCAUUAGCAAUUUUGCGAAGGGCGCCCAGUUCGCGAUUGAAUGUCGAUUGGGAGAGUACUAGACAAAUUUCUUUGGAUGGAUUACUACCUACAGUUGACAACUACACAGUCAACAUCCAACGCGACGAAGCUAUAGAGAAGGAAUACCAGGAAAUACAUAUAAAUUUACUUAUUCAAUACCUGGAAACAGUCAGUAGCUGGGGUAAAACCAAGAAAGAUGCAGAAUUGAAAUCGGUACUCUCCUUGCACCGUCUAUUCCAGCUCGCUGCCGCUUCUCUUGACGUGUAUCAGCUUGAUAAGCUCUUUACGUUGAACGGGUUUGGCACUUACUCUCGGGACGUCCAUACCAUGCGCAAAGCAAAUGUUAACUUCGGGCAUCUCGCUCCGUUUCUCCUUAGGAGGCAUGAGUCAAAGCCCAAAGUGGCACUGGAUUAUAUCAAGUUAGCGAUGCGCAAGUCGCCCAUUUUGCGAUACAUCCUCCAUUACAUCAAGGAGAACCUCUUAGAUAGGGGUCCGAACGGCAAGAUCAAGAAGCUUUUAAUUACCGAAGCAAAGCCCUAUGUCGGACAAGAAUCCGACGUAAAGGUACAUAGAUUGAAGGUCAACAACUCCUUCCAUUCAUUCCGUGAAAGCCGACAGGUCGAAAAGAUUCUUCCUGAGCUAGGAACUCGAGCACAGGGUUCAAUGAACGACGUCCUGGUGCAGGUGCUUAACCUCUUUCAAUCCGAGAUCGAUGAAUUGUGGAAGACUCCAGAGGCUCAGAAGCUUAUAGCGGACAAAAACUUAAUAUCUAAUCCUAUGGCAAAUAACGAAGAGCCGGACUCUAAGCGGAUUAAACUAGAGGAUGGAAGAGCCGUAAAUACCGAAGCAACCCAUGAUAAUUAUAUUGAGCGCAUUAAACUACCUUUUACGAGAAAGCGUAAGAGAGAUAUGUAUGAUGUCUCGACUACCGAUCUAUUUGAUGGACGACGGAGAGACUUUCUCGCUCUCAAAUCUCGCUUUGACUAUUACAAAGAAUUCAAAGAAUUUCCCAUGGAGGUGAGAGGCUACUUCUGUCACAAGAAGAACAAUCUUCGCAGGAUGCUAUCUUACGGCAGCGAAGACAAUAAUGCGACUACACGCGUAUGGAAGGUUGAUGAUCUUAACGACUCUCCUGUACUCGAGAGAGCCAUGGAACUUAUACUACGCAUUCGGCUCGGGGCGAGCGACAUCGAGAUGCUACCUCUGCCGCAAAUCGACUUCUCGCUGGCCUCUCCGAGAAAGCUAAAGGUGCUCGCGGGUCUACUAAGCGAAGCUGAGGCCACAGAGCAGGAUAUCCAAGCCGCACAAGACGCGGACGCAAAGAAGUCAAAGAAAGACAAAAGCUUGGCCGUUCUAAAAGUAAUGAACGACUGGAUGCCCAUGCAUGAACUUGAGCAGAUACUUAAGGACAACGCUUUUGGCACUAAGCAUAGUAAAAAGCCUCAGGAUGUUUAUACGGUAGCUAGAAUGAUGAAUGAGGACUUAGAGGUAGAGGAAGAGGAUGAUAGUGAGAAAGAGGAUAUUACUCAAGACGAAUUUUCUCGGCUUAGGAACUUCUAUGCCGACGACGACGAUAAGGAUGACUUGUGGAAACGAAAUGGAGCUGCGCUCGGUAGUGGUAAGGUUAAGAUCGAAAUAGAAGACUCGGACGAGCUUACAUUUCUGAGCUCUCAGCCAGUCCACAAGGCUAAAGACUCAUCUCAUAACCUAGACAGACUCAUAAACAACGAACCCACUAGGACCAAGAUCAAGCAGGAGGACUCGACCGAUAGCAUGACGACCUUUCCAGAUAAUGGCGUGUCUAGGUACAGAAUCAAGGAGGAGAGCCCUCAGAGAGGCAUAAGUGAUCUGGCCAGACCGUCCAACAGCCUCACUAUCAAUACACACGAACCGAUCGUGAUCGAGGUCAGCGACGACGACUAG